GGUUAACGAGCACCAUUAGGUACAUAUUUUUAUACGCAUAUCAGUGAGUUUAAAUAAAACAUUAGUGCAUCUUUCACGUAUUACUGUUUGACUUUUUUGAUUAGGUAUGCUUUUUAAAUGAAGCUACUCAUAUAAAAAUGGUCGACCUUCACAAAGUUCAUUUGAUCUUAUUUAAGAAAGCCUAAGUGAGGAAUGUGAUGGUAUAUAAAUCAAAUUCAUUCCUCAGCUAUAAAUUAUUUGACGAUUGAAACCGGACUCAAUGUUAUGGUGUAGGCCAAGAACAGCUCUUGUUUUGGAUUUGGAUUUGCGCAUCUGUUGUUUAUUGUAUCCUCACAAACUACUAUUGUAUUGAAUAUCGAUAAGGUACCAUAUUGCAUGAUUCUCGUAUGUUUUUUUUUGUUCUAUAAAGUAUUGUUUUUGCGCAUCAGUAACACUUGAAAAUUUUAAACAGUUUGAAAUGAGGUGAGAAAGAAUACAUAAAUAUUUUAUAAUACGCGUAGGUACUUAAAUAUAAGGCUUUACCUAAUACCAAACAAAACAAUCUGAAUGUAAUAAAUUAGUUAGGCGAGUGGGUAGGUAGUAAAACCUACUUGUUUUCUUUUUCGUAAGAGGGUAGACUGUUGUUUGUUUUAGUGAUUGAUUCGUAACUUCUAUUUUUUACAAAGUUUAAAAUAAAAGACAUUCGCAAUGAACAGUAAGGACAAAAAACGUAAAAAGUAUACAAGGAAAGUAAUACUUCUUAAAUAUAAAGACAUGAGUGAAAGACUCGUUUUAACUCGAACAGUGAAAAAAAGCAAGGAAAGUCUAAAAAUUGAAAUCCGGUGUGUGACUCAGCCUGUGAAGGACGUGCAACAAAAGAUUAAUCAAAAUGAGAAAUAUCCUAUUUUCCGUGCACAGUUGAAAGAUAGAAUAGUUCCCCGUUGCUUAAGGGACAGCUGCAGAAGAGAUAUCAAAUCUAAAACAAAGCAGUGCAACAAACGACAUAAUAAAAAUAAUUCUAAACAGGAAUCUAAAAGUAUUGCCAAAAACGACAGCAAGUCGACUGCAUCCAUAAUUACAUUAAGCGAUGAGGAAUACGACGGUUUACAGUACGAAGAUAUAAGUUCGUGCACGGACGAUGAAGUUGACACUUUAUUGGAGUCCACUCGAAAGAGGAUGAAGGAUUCAGAUGAAGAAUGGAAGCUUCUACCUAGAAAACAGGCCCCUGAAAACGAUAACUUGGUCAAAAAUAACAUUUAUAACCGCGCAACAAGAAGCCCAUCUUUAAAUUCUAUCGAUACUUUAGUUCUUGAUAAUAUGGAAAAAAAGUUAUUGGCUACACCUAAAUUGAACACACUUUAUUCCCCAAUUACGAGUCCAGAGGAGAUAUUGAAAUUAGAUUCCCAUGACACAAGCAAUACUGUAAAACGUAGGCUUAAAUUAGAACCAAGCGAAAGCCUAAAGCGAGAAGAAUAUUUCUAUAAGAAUGAAGUUGAGCACUCCAACCCAAAAAAAAAGAUAAAAUUAGAACCACUGGCAGCUAUCAAAAGGGACCCGCAUAAUGUAAACAUACAGAAUGGUGAAGAGCAAAUAAACUUUAAGUACGCUUACGCAGCCUUUCCUAAAACUGAGCUAGUUAAUACACAAAGUAGAAUCAAACCAGAGCCUCUGGAAACCAAUAAUAAUACAAUAACAUAUAAAGCAGAUGAUAUAUGUAUAGAAGAUAAAAAAAUUAUAAAAUUGGAACAGUAAUACAAAAUUAGAAAGAAAUGACAUUGAUUAUUCGCAAAGUUAAACCUUAUUUAAUCGUUAUAAAGCAGGAACUUUAUAGUGAGUUUUUCAGAACUUAGUUAUAAUAGGUACUUAAAAUUAAAUACUAAAAUUAUAGGUUAUUAACCUUUAAGGCUAACACAGAAUAACCGUAAUGGCAACAUGAUAAACGCCGGAUCAAAAAUUUGAGUUUUUUUUUUAAGAAUUGUUAUCAUCAAAACAUUCUAGUGUGUUAUAUUACCGUUUAUUUAAUGUUUAGUUACUUAUAAAAUACAUUUUUUGACAAAAAAACCGCCUUUGUUAAACGCUUAGAAGCAAGAAAUAUACAACAUGUAUAUGAAUUACGAAAUACUGUAGUAGGGCACUUUUCAUAAGGAUAUUUUAUAAGGAAAUAUUAAAUCAAAAGAACAAUUUUUUACGUA